CGCGCGACCGGCCCGCGCGCCUGGGGGUUCUCCCCCACUCCCAGCCUGGCACCGCCCCACUCCGCCUCGCAGCAACGCACGCACACGGCGGCGUGCGGGUGGGCGGGUCCUAGCGGGGCGGCCUGACGGCGGUGGGAGUCUGUGGUCGCUUCCUUGGCGGUGGCUCGCGCGGCUCGAAAGCUCUGCGGGGCAAUAUGGCGGAAGCGGAAGUAUUUAUUUUGCCGAAGAAGCAUAAGAAGAAAAAGGAGCGAAAGUCGUUACCAGAAGAAGAUGUAGCAGAAAUACAACACGCUGAAGAAUUUCUUAUCAAACCUGAAUCCAAAGUGGCUCAGUUGGACACAUCUCAGUGGCCCCUGUUGCUAAAGAAUUUUGAUAAGCUAAAUGUAAGGACAACACACUAUACACCUCUUCCUUGUGGUUCAAAUCCUCUGAAGAGGGAGAUUGGGGACUAUAUCAGGACAGGUUUCAUUAAUCUUGACAAGCCCUCCAACCCCUCUUCCCAUGAGGUAGUAGCCUGGAUCCGACGAAUACUUCGGGUAGAGAAGACAGGACACAGUGGUACUCUGGAUCCCAAGGUGACUGGCUGUUUGAUCGUGUGCAUAGAAAGAGCCACCCGCCUGGUAAAGUCACAACAGAGUGCAGGCAAAGAGUAUGUGGGAAUUGUCCGGCUGCACAAUGCUAUUGAAGGGGGGACUCAACUUUCCAGGGCCCUAGAAACUCUGACAGGUGCCUUAUUCCAGCGACCCCCGCUUAUUGCUGCAGUAAAGAGGCAACUCCGAGUACGGACCAUCUAUGAGAGCAAAAUGAUUCAGUAUGAUCUGGAAAGACGGCUGGGAAUCUUUUGGGUGAGUUGUGAGGCCGGCACCUACAUCCGGACACUCUGUGUACACCUUGGUUUGUUAUUGGGAGUUGGAGGUCAGAUGCAGGAACUUCGGCGGGUUCGUUCCGGAGUCAUGAGCGAAAAGGACCACAUGGUGACAAUGCACGAUGUGCUUGAUGCCCAGUGGCUAUAUGACAACCACAAAGAUGAGAGUUACCUGCGGAGAGUCAUUUACCCUUUGGAAAAGCUACUGACAUCUCAUAAACGGCUGGUUAUGAAAGACAGUGCAGUGAACGCGAUCUGCUAUGGGGCAAAGAUCAUGCUGCCAGGUGUUCUCCGAUAUGAGGAUGGUAUCGAAGUCAAUCAGGAGAUCGUGGUCAUUACCACCAAAGGGGAAGCAGUCUGCAUGGCUAUUGCGUUAAUGACCACAGCAGUGAUCUCUACCUGCGACCACGGUAUAGUAGCCAAGAUCAAGAGAGUGAUCAUGGAGAGAGACACUUACCCUCGGAAGUGGGGUUUAGGUCCAAAGGCAAGUCAGAAGAGGCUGAUGAUCAAGCAGGGACUGCUGGACAAGCAUGGCAAGCCCACAGAGAGCACGCCUGCCACCUGGAUGCAGGAGUAUGUUGACUACAGUGAUUCUGCGAAGAGAGAGGUGGUGGCUAAAGCAGUAAAAGCCCCAGAGGUAGUCACCGAAGCAGUAAAGGCCCCAAAGCGGAAGCGCGAGAGUGAAAGUGAUGAGACCAGUCCGGGGGCUGCCCAGUUGAUCAACAAGGAAAAGAAGAAGAAGGACAAGAAGGCCAGAGCUGCAGGAGAGAGGGCAGGCGAGCCGGGAGAUGCGGACAGUGACACCACCAAGAAGAAGAAGAAGAAGAAGAAAAUAAAAGUGGAAGUGGUUUCUGAGUAGUGGACCCCCACUUGAAGUGCUGUGUCCAGUUGGGAGGAGAAAUUAAAGCCUUAUUGAGAAAACAGUUCUUUUGUUCUUGAGGGAAUGGGACACAGGUCCCAAGAAAGAGGAUAUACAGGGUUCCAGCACAUUUUAGCUGCUACCUGCGACUUCAGUGAUGUUACCUGGUGUGGUCAUCCCAUCUUGUCCUACUGUAAGGAUAUGGGUGAAAGUGGCAGAUUUGACACCAUCCACUUCUCUGCCUGGAAGAGUUGGGAAGCCUCACCUGCAGAGCCAGCACUGGCUGGUGACCACGAGCAGCUAUGCCCGGUGCCCAUUUUUAACAUGCCAGUCCUCCUCUCCUUUUUGAUUCCUUCCAGUUAAUGUUACUAGAAAUUACUCAAUGCAUUGGUAUACAGCACGUAAAAAAGAUGUAACGACCAUGGAUCUCACCCUAUAUUGCCCUCCUUGUUAAAGCCUGGCAAGGACUCACGUUCCAUCUUGUGUGUGUCCAGUCCUGGCCUAGCAGGCCCCUGUGCACCUCCCACCUGGUGUGUGCAGCCUCAUGCACCUAAAUCCAUCUGGCUGUUGUGUUUGCAAUAAGCCAAAACCUUUGUGUGUGUGCUUCUCCUAGCCCUCAUUUACUUUCAAAGGAUAAUUGGUCACUGCUGAGAAAGGAAGUUGUAAUUAUUAAAGUGUACUCAAGUUUUUUUAAGGUAUUCCUGUUGGGUUUUCUAAUUGUUGGUGAUUUGGUGAUUAAUUGCAAACUGGUGGAACAGAAAAAGUAUUUUUAUUAAAAACCUGGGGACCUUUAUGUCCUAUUUGAAA